UGCAAAAUCUUUCGUGAACCACGAUGGCCUCUAACAACGCAAUGCCCUCUCGUCAUGGUUGCGGGUCUUGGAGCGCCGAGCAGAACAAGGAGUUCGAGAAGGCCUUGGCAGUGUACGACAAGGACAUCCCCGACCGCUGGUCCAACGUUGCCAAGGCUGUCGGAGGCGGCAAGACCGCCGAGGAUGUGAAGAUCCAUUAUCAACUCCUCGUCCGAGAUGUUAUCUACAUCGAGAGAGGCCUCGUCCCCUUCCCCGCGGACCACCAGACGACGGCGUGGAAGCUAGCUUAAUUAGCUCCAUUACAUGCCGAUGAGUAUGUUGAACGAACCACAAAUAAAUUAAUUAGGUAAUAAAUUAGCUUUGUUAUUUGUCAAGUUAUUUCAUGAGUACAAGUACCAUUAUUAUUA